AUACUACAAAUCUCAUUGAGUUAUCAAAUCACUUAUAUAUAUUAUCAUAAGAGAGUUAACUACUCUUUCCCAAUGAGGAUUUCUUCUUCUCUUUUCCAAUGGGCACUUCUGUGCUUAUGUGCUCUGAGUUUCUGCCAAGCUUCUUCAGAGGAUACAGGUAUUAAAGAUGAAGAUAUGUUUUUUCCAUUACCAAAGACACCAUCUUUUAAGAAACAUUAUGACUUUUUUCAUCGCCCCAUUCCAGGGUUUGAAAAGCCUCUUCCUCCAACAACUCCCAUUUAUAAGCCAGAACCAAAGUCGGAGCCAAAAGUAGAGCCAAAACCAGAUACCAAACCAAAGCCAGAGCCAAAAUCAGAGAUCAAACCAAAACCAAAGCCAGAGCCUAAACCAGAAAUCAAACCAAAACCAAAGCCAAAAUGCGAGCCCAAACCAGAGACCAAACCGAAACCAAAGCCCAAAGAAAAGUCUAAACCAAAACCAAAAUCUGAACCCAAACCAGAGACCAAGCCAAAACCAAAGCCAAAAAUAGAGACAAAACCAAAACCAGAACCAAAGCCAGAGCCAAAGCCAACCAUUCCAAUUCAGAAGCCAUAUCCCCAUCCUUUCUUUAAGAAGCCACCAUUUCAUCAACCCAUUUUUAAGUUCCCACAUCCUAAGAAGCCAUGUCCUCCCUCAUCUUCUUAAAUUAAUAGUGUGGUAGCUCGAAUUUCAUUUGCUUUCAAGUGUUGCAAAUGAAGGCUUCUUAUAUUGGUUGAAAAGGAGAAUUAUAUGGGAAAUAAUAUAUUGUGGUUAUUAAAUAAGGUUGAUUUAGUGUGUAAUAAAAUUGUGUCAAUGUUUCUUUCCAAUGGAGAGGAACAUGUGAAAUAUAAUGUAUGGUACUAUCUUUUUUUAUUAAUUGCAGUCGAAGUGAUGAGAUAUAUUAAAAUAUA